AUAAGGGUACGCUUCUGUGACUGAUUACUGAGUAUGAUAGUUGACUAAAUAAGAGCAGUCGAGGGCGUGAGUGUAAGGCACAGCGGCAUCCUUCCAUUGUGUGCGUGGUGAGUGGGAAGUGAGGGUGAUGGGGCCGCUACGCCUGCCGCCCCUACCCACCACAGGGGAGCUGCUCAGGCUGUACAAGCUGCGUGCACUCAAGCAACUCAGUCAGAACUUCCUGUUGGAUCCCAGGCUGUGCAGCAAACUGGUGCGAGCCGCUGGUCGUCUGCGUGGGGCGCAGGUGUGUGAGGUUGGCCCCGGGCCAGGCAAUUUGACCCGGGCCAUCCUACACCAGGGGGCCGCUAGGGUCACAGUGGUGGAGAAGGACGUCAGGUUUCUGCCCACACUGGAGGCGCUGCGGGACGUGUCUGGGGGCUGUCUGGAGGUGUGUAUAGGGGAUGUGCUGGCCUUCAACAUGGAGAAAAUCUUUGCCUCUCAGGACAGCCCUGCCAGCACCUGGGAAGACCCACCCCCCAGGGCACACAUCAUUGGUAACCUGCCAUUCAGCGUGGCCACGCCGCUCACCAUCAACUGGCUGGAGGACAUCAGCCUGCGCAGGAACGCAUGGGUGGAGGGCCGCACCCGCCUCACCCUCACCUACCAGCUGGAGGUGGCUCAGCGAAUGGCGGCACCACCUGGCCACUCCCAACGGUGCCGCCUGUCCCUCAUGUGCCAGAACUGGUGCCACGUGAGGCACUGCUUCACCAUCCCUGGCAGGGCCUUUGUGCCGCCGCCUGACGUGGAUGUGGGCGUGGUGCAGCUCACGCCCCGCGUGGUGCCACACGUCCCGCUGCCCUUCCCCCUUGUGGAGAAGGUUGCACGCUGCCUCUUCUCUUUCCGCCAGAAGUACUGCCGGCGGGGGCUGGGCACCCUAUUCCCCCAGGGGGUGAGGGACGCCCUGUUGGACAAGCUGCUCAAGGUGGCCGAUGUGGAGCCCACCCUGCGGCCAUUCCAGAUCACCAUGAAGGAGUUUUCCCGCUUGUGCCACACCUACCAGGCAAUUUUGGACCAGCAACCUCACCUGGCCAAAUACAACUACCGCGACCCGGACAGUGAUGACACAAUGGACAACUUAGACAGCAAUAUUCUCAUCUCGUCGGCCUCAGCCUGACCUUUGUUAGCGGGACACAUUGGAUGUGAUGGCAACUACUGGCAGUGUUAUGCCUGCUAGUUCUUAUGUCAGGUGUACUAUAUUGAAUUAUAAAAAACUGGUAAUUAUUAAGAAGAAUCACAUAGCUCUAUUUCUAAUUUUUCAGCUUCUACCCACUACAGUGUUGGGGACUUGCUAGGAAAGUGAGGUUUUCAAGUGGGAAAGAUAAAAUAGGGCUAAAUGCUGCCUCUUGCCAUCAAAAAUGAAAAACAUACAGUAUAUUGUGCGCAAGUCAGUGUUGCCAAUGAUACAUGCGAUAAAUCUCCAGGAAUAUGUAGGUAUGUGUAUUGCCUAACUCUUCCGGAGAGCAACGCUGCCAACAAUACCUAUGAGAAAUCUCCAGAAAUCUGUAGUUGACUUCAGUUGAGUGGAGAAGAAUUAUGUAAUAUUGGUGGUGAUAUUCCUUACUGUCAUUGUGUCUGCUAUGUACAGUGUUGUAUGUGAUGUAUUGCUGUGUCAACAUGUAGGAGCUAAUAAAAAUAGGAAAUGAGCUGCAUAACUCUUGUUAAUAAUUACCAAAAAGUGAUCUAGAAUCUAAAAUGGACAAUUCUUUGAGAAAUUAUAACAAUUCUUGCUUUUGAGCCUAACACAGUGUACACUACUGUGGAGAAAAUUUUCAUGUACAUAUAUUGCAAUGAACUAUCACUUCUGA